AUGGCUCCUCCCACCGCCUCUUUCAUCAACCCCUCGGUCGCCGGCGAGGCCGACUCGACGCCCGCCGCCAUCAAGCAGCAGAUUGCCGCCUCGCGUGGCAGCUACGGUACCGCCGCCCCGACUGCCAAGUUCCAGCAGUAUGUCGCCAUCAAGCCCGGCCAGGAGCCUGUUGAGGACUUCGAGGGCAACUACGCCUUCGCCGAAAUCAAGGAGAGCCACACGAGCCGCGCCAUGACCAGCAGGUACAUGCAGGACAUGAUGGAUGCCGCCGUCUCGGAUGUGGUCAUCGUCGGUGCCGGCAGCGCUGGACUGACGGCUGGCUACACGCUGGCCAAGAACCGACCCGACCUGCGCAUCACCAUCCUCGAGGCCUCGGUCGCUCCCGGUGGUGGCGCAUGGCUCGGAGGCCAGCUCAUGUCUGGCAUGGUGAUUCGCAAGCCGGCUCACAACCUCCUCACCGAGAUCGGCGUCCCCUUUGACGACGAAGGCGCUUACGUCGUCGUCAAGCACGCUGCCCUCUUCACCUCGACCCUCAUGUCGAAGCUGCUGGCCUUCCCCAACGUCAAGCUCUUCAACGCCACCUGCUGCGAGGACCUCAUCAUCAAGAAGGAUGCCAAGGGCGUCCAGCGCGUCAAUGGUGUCGUGACCAACUGGACCCUCGUUACCAUGGCCCAUGGCCUCCAGUCCUGCAUGGACCCUCAGACCAUCACCGCCCCGGUCAUCAUCGGAGCGUGCGGUCACGAUGGCCCGUUCGGCGCCUUCAGUGUCAAGCGCCUCAGCAGCUCGGGUCUGAUCCAGCUGGGUGACAUGAAGCCGAUGGACAUGAACAAGUCCGAGGGCCUGAUCGUCAACCACACGCGCGAGGUGUUCCCCGGCAUCAUUGUCAGCGGCAUGGAGCUUUCGGAGCACGACGGCCACCCGCGCAUGGGCGCCUCGUUUGGCGGCAUGAUUGGAAGCGGCCAGAAGGCGGCGUACGAGGCCAUCAAGCUUUUCGACCGCCUCGAGGUCGAGGAGGGCGAGGUCAUUGGCGAGAAGGCCUGA